AUGGUUGGAGUUGCUUCGGCCGCCGGUCUGGUCGGCUUUCUUUCAGAGCCUGAUUCGGAGCUCAAGGUCUUCGCCUUAAAGUCACUAGAUUCGCAAAUUGACCUCCUAUGGACAGAGGUUGUUAAAGCGGUCCCGGACAUCGAGGCACUCUACGAAGAUGAAUCAUUCCCCGAACGUGAACUCGCUGCCCUGGUUGCCUCGAAGGUGUACUAUCACCUGCAGGAAUACAAUGAAAGCAUGGUGUUGGCGCUCGGCGCAGGAAACUUGUUCAAGCUUGAUAGCGGUGGCGAGUAUGAGGAGACUAUCAUUGCCAAAUGUGUCGAUACCUUCAUUGCCUUGUCCGCUGCCCAACGUCGAAACCCUGGGGAUCAGUCUGCCAAUUUGAACACUUCUUUCCCUGCCUCUGGUGACGGCGCGACAAGCACAUCUGCGAGCUUGACGUCGCCAAUUACGCCUUUCUCCAAGUCCGCCCUGCCGUCGAAAUCCUUGCUGUCGCGUGAAGAGACUUCGGGUACUGAUGCCGCUCGACCCAGCGGCGACCAGUCUAGCGUUCAACAAGAUGAGACGUCCCUGGUUUUGAAGCGUGGGGUGCAAGGACAACUGCAGGCUGUAAUCGAGCGCCUCUUCGAGGAGUGCUUCCGCCAGAAACGUUAUCGCCAGGUAAUUGGUAUUGCCGUGGAGGCCAAGAGCCUUGAGGUGCUUCGCAUGGCCAUCUUGCGUGCCAGUCAAGACGGGAAGAAGCAACAACAAGGGGAGUAUCGCAGGAGCGAGGAGCUCAUGGAAUAUGUUUUGGACAUUUGCAUGGGAAUCAUUCAGGAGCGGGCCUUCCGCAGUGAGAUUCUCAAACUCAUUCUUGACCUACUCAACGAAAUCCCCGCGCCUGAUUACUUUUCGAUCGCCAAAUGUGUUGUUUAUCUCAACGAACACUCGAUGGCAACCAACAUUCUCCGUCAGCUCGUCGAUAAGGGUGAUUCACGCUCCCUGGCAGUAGCCUAUCAAAUAUCCUUUGACCUUUACGACAACAGCACCCAGGAAUUCCUGCAAAAGGUCCGCCAGGAAAUUGACGACCUGCUUCCCGAAGCGCAGCCUGAUACGUCAAAUGAUGCGAAUGCCGAGCCUAAGGAGUCUGACAAGCUCCUUGAUGAGCAAUCGAGUUCUACGCGGCCAUCAGGAGAACAGAGCAAGCUGUCUGAAGAAUCAACGCUUGCUUUCAAGAAUAUCCUCACAAUUCUGGACGGCUUGAAGACCAUCGAGCUCAAUUUGGAAUUCCUUUACCAAAACAACCGAACGGAUAUGGCGAUCUUAGAUAAGGUGCGAGACAGCCUAGAAGCUCGCAACUCUAUUUUCCACACUGCAGUCACUAUAUCGAAUGCCUUCAUGCACGCUGGUACCACACGAGACAAGUUCUUCCGUGACAAUUUGGAGUGGUUGGGCAAAGCAGUCAACUGGUCAAAGUUCACUGCCACGGCUGCUUUAGGUGUGAUUCAUCGUGGAAAUUUGAACCAGGGCCAGACUCUGUUGGAGCCGUAUUUGCCCAGAGAUCAAAUCGCUGGAGUUGGAGGCGGUUCCAACUCUGUCUACAGCCAGGGUGGUUCACUGUAUGCAUAUGGUCUGAUUUAUGCUAAUCAUGGUGGCAUGGCUGUCGACAUCAUCCGAGACUACUUCAAGAAAGCAACGGAAGAAGUUGUCCAGCAUGGUGGUGCGCUCGGCCUUGGCGUUGCAGGUAUGGCCACAGGCGACGAAGGCAUUUAUGAAGAUCUGAGAAACGUGCUGUACACCGACUCCGCUCUGAAUGGCGAAGCCGUGGGUCUCGCAAUGGGUCUUGUUAUGCUGGGCACUGGCAAUAUGAAGGCGCUCGAAGACAUGAUUCAGUAUGCACACGAUACUCAACAUGAGAAGAUCGUCCGCGGUCUGGCAAUGGGUAUGGCUUUGAUCAUGUACGGUCGACAGGAAGCUGCCGAUGAGCUGAUCAAUGGGCUCUUGGGUGAUCCCGAUCCAACACUCCGUUAUGGCGGUAUCAUGACGAUUGCGCUCGCAUACUGCGGUAGUGGCAGCAACAAGGCAGUACGGAAGCUUCUUCAUGUUGCAGUCAGCGAUGUGAACGAUGAUGUGCGCCGUGUCGCUGUUCUCAGUUUGGGUUUCAUUUUGUUCCGAAAGCAUCAAAGCGUUCCGCGUAUGGUUGAGCUACUCUCCGAGUCUUAUAAUCCCCAUGUCCGAUAUGGUGCUGCUAUGGCGUUGGGUAUCUCUUGUGCCGGAACCGGCUUGGAUGAAGCGAUUGAUUUACUCGAGCCAAUGCUCAAAGAUUCGACUGACUUUGUGCGUCAAGGCGCCCUAAUUGCCUUGUCCAUGGUCCUUGUCCAACAGAACGAGGCCAUGAAUCCUCGUGUCACCAGCCUUCGAAAGGCCAUGCUGAAGAUGAUUGGUGAUCGUCAUGAAGACGCCAUGGCCAAGUUUGGCUGCGCCAUAGCCCUCGGUAUCAUUGAUGCUGGUGGUCGCAACUGUACCAUCAGCCUGCAAACCCAAACUGGAAACCUCAACAUGCCGGGCAUUGUCGGCGCUGCUGUCUUUGUCCAGUAUUGGUAUUGGUUCCCCCUUUCCCACUUCUUGUCUCUCAGCUUUACCCCCACUGCUGUGAUCGGAGUGGACCAGAAGCUGGAAGCUCCGAAGUUCAAAUUCCACAGCAACACUCGCCCUAGCCUAUUCGACUAUCCCCCCGAACAGCAGGUCAAGACCGAGGAGGCCCCCGAGAAGGUGAAGACUGCGGUACUUUCUACUACUGCUCAGGCCAAACGCCGCGCUCAGCGACGGGAGAAGCAGGCUCGGCGGGAGAGCAUGGAUAUUGAUCAAACACCCACGACACCCAAGCUUUCUGAUCAGCUGCCAGAGAAGAUGGACGUGGAGGAGGGAACUGGUGCUAUCGACGGUGAAGAGGCGACUAAGGAUGGUGACAAGGCUGUUGCUGAAAACCAACGAAAGAAAGCAGAGCGUGAGAAGGUUGGCUACGAACUGGACAACAUGUCACGAGUUCUUCCGCCGCAACUCAAAUACCUCACAUUCCCUGAUCCCCGAUACGAACCUGUCAAGAGGCCUACCGGUGGCGUUGUUGUUGUCCUCGACAACCAACCCGAGGAACCCCGCGAGACUAUCGAGCUUGAGGCAAGUCGUAAGAAGCCUCAAGCCCCUGCGUCUGCUGGAGAGACACUCCGGGACAGUCUCCGGGCUGGGAUUGAGGGCGAAGGGUCGGACACUCCUCAACGUGACACUACUCGUGACACUGCUCGUGACGCUGCUAGUGCUAUCCUGGCCCAGUUCUAUUCCGCACAAGCUGCGAUUGCCGCUGUGGGUUGUUUGGAUCCUGUGGAUGAAGAUGAUGAGGGAGUCGAGGAUGCACCUGUCCCAGAUGAGUUUACUUAUGAAACAGAUGCCGAGGAGGAGUAG